UUUGUUUAUAUGUAAAGUAAAAAAACUAUCGUUUAUUAACAAUAUAAUAGAUUAUAAAUAAUCAAGAAUUAAAGUAAAAACGCCAACAAAAAACAUAAAACUUAACCUAAUUAAAAUUUUAUAUAAAAAUGAAGUCAAAGUUUCAGAAAAUCGAAAUAUUUAAUGACUAUUUAGGAUUUACAAAACAGACAGCAUUAGUUUUACGUAGUUUAGGGGGUAAUAAUUUAAUAAAGCCAUGUGAAGAAAGAAAUAUAUCGACUAGUGAAUUGCAUAAACUAACUAAAAAUGAUUUUAUACAAUUAGGUGCUGAUGAAAAUUUGGCAGAACAACUGUUAAAUCGAUUAAAAAUUACAUCAAGAAAUGAUUACGAAAUAAGACCAGGGAUGCAAAACAAAUUUGAAAAUUUCAUUAAUAUGCUUGAAAAUAGUAAGAAACAAUUGAAUUUUAUUGGUAUAUAUAUUGCCUACUGUCGAUUAAGACUUCAGAUGCAACAAAAUAAUUUUUUCAUUGAACCAAAUAAAGGAUUAACUGCUACUUCAGCUUUAUACAUAGCUGUAAUGGAAGCUCUUAAUGAAGUAAAUGAUAUGGAGAAAGCUAUAAAAGAAUUAUAUACUUUAGUUCCAAAGGACACUAAAGCAAAGUCAAAACGUCUCAUUUAUUUCUCUACAUUGUUUGCUGGAUUAGGUUUAGUAGUAUAUUGGACAUUACGUAUACAAAAAGCCUAAAUUUUGUACUAUAUAUUUAAUUUUUUUUUAUACAGAC